CCGGCGGGCGGGCGGCGGGAGCCGGAGGAGGAGCGGCCGGCGCCGCCACCGCCGCCGCCAUAGAGACUGUAGCCGUGGAGACUGUUACUUGCCAACGCGGAGCGACACGCAGUGGCCGCAGCCGCGGGAGCCGCUACCAGAACUCCCCGCCGAACUCCAGGUCCGAGCAUGCAGAACUCCGAGGGUGGAGCAGACUCACCAGCAUCCGUGGCUCUGCGGCCUACAGCCCAGCCGGUGCCAGCCUCCCCACAGAGGGUGCUGGUCCAAGCCACAGGCUCAACUCCCAAGGGUGCCCCGAUGCAGCCACUCACACUUCCCAGAGUCCAGCCGGUGCCACCCCAGGUGCAGCAUGUGUACCCGGCGCAGGUGCAGUACGUGGAGGGCGGGGAUGCAGUCUAUGCCAAUGGAGCCAUUCGAGCGGCCUAUGCCUACAACCCAGACCCUCAGCUCUACGCCCCCAGCAGUGCAGCGUCUUACUUUGAGACUCCAGGUGGUGCUCAGGUGACAGUGGCAGCCUCGUCCCCACCGGCAGUCCCCUCUCACGGCAUGGUGGGCAUCACCAUGGAUGUUGCAGGGACUCCCAUCGUGUCUGGAGCAGGAGCCUACCUCAUCCAUGGGGGCAUGGACAGCACAAGACACUCCCUGGCCCACACUGCACGCUCCUCGCCUGCCACGCUUGAAAUGGCGAUUGAGACUCUCCAAAAAAGCGAAGGCCUCGCCCCCCACAAAGGCGGCCUACUCAACAGCCACCUCCAGUGGCUUCUGGAUAAUUACGAGACAGCGGAGGGCGUGAGCCUGCCCCGCAGCUCCCUGUACAACCACUACCUGCGCCACUGCCAGGAGCACAAGCUGGAGCCUGUCAAUGCCGCGUCCUUCGGCAAGCUUAUCCGCUCUGUAUUCAUGGGCCUGCGCACGCGGCGCCUGGGGACCAGGGGCAACUCGAAGUACCAUUACUAUGGGAUCCGCCUGAAGCCGGACUCCCCUCUGAACCGACUGCAGGAUGACACACAGUACAUGGCCAUGAGGCAGCAGCCCACACACCAGAAGCCCAGGUACCGACCAGCCCAGAAGUCAGACAGCCUUGGGGACAGCGGCGCUCAUGGCAGCCUGCAUGGCACACCUGAGCAGGCCAUGGCCACUCAGGGCCAACAUCACCAGCAGUACAUAGAUGUGUCCCAUGUCUUCCCAGAGUUCCCAGCCCCUGACCUGAGCAGUGCGCUGCUGCAGGAGAGUAUCACCCCUCAUGAUGUGAAGGCCCUGCAGCUGGUGUAUCGCAGGCACUGUGAGGCCACCUUAGACGUUGUCAUGAGCCUCCAGUUUCAGUACAUCGAGAAGCUGUGGUUAUCCUUUUGGAACUGCAAGGCCACCUCCAACGAUGGCCGUGCCUCACUGCCUUCCAGCGACGAGGAGCCAGAAGUCACCCUCCUCCCGAAGGACAAGCUCAUCUGUCUGUGUAGGUGCGAGCCAAUCCUGCAGUGGAUGCGCAGCUGCGACCACAUCCUGUACCAGGCGCUGGUGGAGACCCUUAUCCCAGACGUGCUGCGGCCUGUCCCCAGUUCUCUGACCCAGGCCAUCAGGAACUUCGCCAAGAGCUUAGAGGGCUGGCUCAUCAGUGCCAUGAGCGGCUUCCCUCAGCAGGUCAUCCAGACUAAGGUGGGCGUCGUGAGUGCCUUUGCACAGACCCUGCGGCGCUACACGUCCCUCAACCACCUGGCUCAGGCGGCGCGCGCUGUGCUGCAGAACACAUCACAGAUCAACCAGAUGCUGAGCGACCUCAACCGCGUGGACUUUGCCAAUGUUCAGGAGCAGGCCUCGUGGGUGUGCCAGUGUGAGGAGAGCCUGGUGCAGCGUCUGGAGCAUGACUUCAAGGUGACCCUGCAGCAGCAGAGCUCGCUGGACCAGUGGGCCAGCUGGCUGGACAACGUGGUCACCCAGGUGCUGAAGCAGCAUGCAGGCAGCCCCAGCUUCCCCAAGGCCGCCCGCCAGUUCCUGCUCAAGUGGUCCUUCUACAGCUCCAUGGUGAUCCGGGACCUGACCCUUCGCAGUGCCGCCAGCUUCGGCUCCUUCCACCUCAUCCGCCUGCUGUAUGACGAGUACAUGUUCUACCUGGUGGAGCACCGUGUGGCUCAGGCCACUGGGGAGACGCCCAUUGCCGUCAUGGGCGAGUUCAAUGAUCUGGCCUCCCUGUCGCUGACCCUGCUGGACAAAGAGGACAUUGGGGAUGGACGCACCAGUGAGGCAGAUGUGGAUGGCCGCAGCUUGGGCGAGCCCCUGGUGAAACGGGAACGGAGUGACCCCAAUCACCCACUACAGGGCAUCUAGCCCCUUCCCUGGCGCCUUCCACGCACUUCCGGAAGGCGUCGCCUGGCCCUUCAGGGAUCUGGACUCUCAGCCUCUCACACUAGUGCCUCUUAGACGAUGCCAUGUUUACUGUGACCCACGGUGCCCACCCCAGAGGCCAGAGACUGUGGGGAAUGCUGGUGGCCGCUCAAGCUGCCCACUCCCUGCUAAGGUAUCCCCAGGAGAUACAGGGAUCCAUCUGUCCCUUGUCCCAACAACUUCCCUGCUCCAUGUACAAGUUGUGAGGCAUAUCCCUCCGAAUAGCCCCGGCCGCCCCCAUGGCUUUUCCACUCAGCUGCUCUCAACUUAGAUCACCAUUUCAAAGAAAACCUAACCCUCGCUGGGCACUGACCCCGUGCUCUGUUCCAUGCACCUCAUGGCCUCUUGUGAACAGGCGAGGCCUCCAGGUGCAGGCCCUGGCCCUAGGUGGAUCACAGAUGCUAAGACAUCCUGUCUUACCCUGGACAGGUCCAAGUCCAAGAAGAAAACAGGCUCCGUGUUCGGCCCACCUGUGUCAGCCUGUCAAACUGUCCAGUUCAAGGUCGACACCACACUGGCCCAGGGCCGGGUCUAGGCUGGGUUUGCCCAAUUGGCCGCAGCGGUCAGCACUAUGUCCACACCUCCCGGCAGCAUCCUGCAACCUGUGUACACCACAGGGCCUGGGUCCUGAAGUCUUCCAGACAACCCCCAAACAAGUUAUGCUGCCUUCUCUGGCCUGUGGCUGACUCCUUCUCAACCCCAGACCCCAAAAUCUCUGGGGACGAAUGCUCACCAAGGCUGUGUGGGCCCUGAAUUCUAGACGCCCAGCACAUGGCUGUGCCACCUCACCACAGUUGCCAUGAUGGGAUUCUGCCCCAAACACAAGCUCCUCCCACAACCUAGGAAGCGCCUCAUGAAAUAUGAUAGUUUUCCUCUUUUUGAAAAAAAAUGUUCCCCCAAUAGUUUUGUGCUGUAAUUGUUCUUGGAAAGUUCUUGUGAAUG